AUGCCCCCUCCUGUGUGGGGGCUUCUGGUCUGCUGCUUCCUUUGUGGCUGGGCUCUGGGGGGUCCGCGGCCUAUCCGCUCUUUGCCCCCAUUGUCCUCCCAAGCCCAGCCAGGAUCUGUGUCCAUGUGGGUGCUCCCAGAGGGGGCAGAAGCAGCCCUGGCUUUUCUCUACUCGGGAGAUGCCCAGCAGCUGUCGGGGGCUAACUGCAGUGAACGCUAUGAAGCCCAUGGGGCAGGAGCCAGAACAGGGCUCCCUCUAGUCUUACAGAGGGCAGCGGGCACCGUUGCCCAGGCUGCCAAUUUCCUUAAUAUGCUGCUGCAAGCCAACGACAUCCGCGAGUCCAGUGUAGAGGAAGAUGUGGAGUGGUACCAGGCACUGGUUCGCAGUGUGGCCGAGGGGGACCCAAGGGCAUACCGGGCUUUGCUGACCUUUAGUCCCUCACCAGGGGCCAACCACUUGCAGCUGGCCUUGCAGGCCACCCGGAUGCAGGAGGAGACCCUCCUUCAGGACUUGUCUGGGAGCAGGAUGCAGGGGGAGAGCCAGGCUGGGGACCUGGACACCCGUGACCUACAGAAGCGAGUGCUGACCAAUGACCUAGGGAGCCUUGGCAGCCCCAAAUGGCCACAGGGAGAUGGCUAUGUGGGGGACAUGCAGCACGUAAGGCUAUCUCCUCCCUUCCUGGAGUGCCAGCAGGGCCGGCUCCGUCCUGGCUGGCUUAUCACCCUCUCAGCCACCUUCUACGGACUCAAGCCAGACCUCAGCCCAGAAGUCAGGGGGCAGGUGCAGAUGGAUGUGGAUCUUCAGAGCGUGGACAUCAAUCAGUGUGCCAGUGGCCCAGGCUGGUACUCUAACACACACCUGUGUGAUCUCAACAGCACCCAGUGUGUCCCUCUGGAGAGUCAGGGCUUUGUUCUUGGCCGCUACCUCUGCCGCUGCCGGCCUGGCUUCUAUGGGGCAAGCCACUCUGGGGGGUUAGAGGAGAGCACCAGCCAGCCUACUGGGCAAUUCGGGUCUCUGCAAGGCGGCUCUGGGAGGCUGCUGCAGUGCCAACCCUGUCCUGAGGGCUGUACCAGCUGCAUCGAUGCCACACCAUGUCUGGUGGAGGAGGCCCUGGCAUUGAGGGCAACAGUGAUGGUCGGCCAGACCUGCUGCAUGCUGGUCGUCUUCCUGAGCAUGCUGGUCUCCUACCGCUGCCGCCAGAGCAAGAGGAUCCGGGCAUCUGGGGUUAUCCUGCUGGAAACCAUCCUUUUUGGAUCCCUGCUGCUCUACUUCCCUGUCUUCAUCUUGUACUUCAAGCCCAGUGUAUUCCGCUGCAUUGCUCUCCGCUGGGUCCGGCUGCUGGGUUUUGUCAUGGUCUACGGCACCAUUAUACUCAAGCUCUAUAGAGUGCUCCAGCUGUUUCUGUCUCGAACGGCCCAGCGGGGUCCCCACCUCAGCAGUGGGCGGCUGCUACGGCGCCUGGGGCUGUUCCUGCUGCUUGUGCUGGGGUUCCUGGUGGUGUGGACGGCUGGAGUCCUGGAGCAAGGCAUCCAACACACACCUCUGGUGACCCAAGGCCACACUCCCACAGGCCGCCACUUCUAUCUCUGUCACCAUGACCGCUGGGACUACCUCAUGGUUGUGGCUGAGAUGCUGCUUCUGUGCUGGGGCAGCUUCCUCUGCUAUGCCACCAGGGCCGUGCCCUCGGCCUUCCAUGAGCCACGCUACAUGGGCAUCGCCCUGCACAACGAGCUGCUGCUCUCUGCUGCCUUCCAUGCAGCCAGGUUUGUGCUGGUUCCCUCCCUGCACCCGGACUGGACCCUCCUCCUCUUCUUUUUCCACACCCACAGCACAGUCACCGCCACCCUAGCUCUGAUCUUUAUCCCCAAGUUCCGAAAGCCAGGGGCCCCAUCUCGGGAAGAGAUCGUAGAGGAGGUGUACGAGGAUGAGCUGGACCUGCAGCGCUCAGGCUCCUACCUCGACAGCAGCACUGCUUCAGCCUGGAGUGAGCGCAGCUUGGACCCUGGUGACAUUCGGGAUGAGCUAAAGAAGCUUUAUGCGCAGCUAGAGGUCCACAAGACCAAGGAAAUGGCUGCCAACAACCCCCACCUGCCCAAGAAGCGGGGCAGCUCGCGCCAGGGGCUGGGGCGCUCCUUCAUGAGGUAUCUGGCCGAGUUCCCCGAGGCCCUGGUGCGGCAGCACUCUCGGGACUCGGGCUCCGUGGGCCGCAGCAGCCUGCCUGGCUCCUCCCGCCGCAGGCUUCUCAGCUCCAGCCUCCAGGAACCCGAGGGACCACCGGCCCUGCGCAAGUCCCGCAGCAGCUACGACCACUGCAGGGAGCAGGAGCCGCCUCUCCUUGACUCACUGCUGAAGAGGAAGCUGGCCAAGAAGGCCUCAAGGGGUGAGAGCCGGGAUUCGGUGGAGGGACCCCCUGUCCUCGGCUUCAGGUCUGCCAGCGCCCACAACCUGACGGUGGGAGAGAGACUUCCCAGAGCACGCCCUGCUUCCCUGCAUAAGUCACUCAGUGUCGCGGCUGGCUCCAGGGAAAAGGCCCUGCUCCUGGCCAGUCAGGCCUACCUGGAGGAGACCUAUCGGCAGGCGAAAGAGCGAGAGGAGCGAAAGAAGGCAGAGGCGGCCGUGGUGAGUCCAGUGCGGAGGCCAUCAGCCAGGAAGCUAGAGCGAGCUCGGGGCUCCCCGCUGUCGGCCCCACCGUCCCCGGCCAAGAGCAGCAGCCUGGACAGCUCCCAUGCCUCUAAGCAGCUUCAUGAGGAGGCUGGGAAACGACUGCCUCACCCACCCAUCAGGCACCAGGUCUCCACACCCAUCUUGACCCUGUCUGGGGCCUACCUAGGAGAGCCAAGAUUGCUGUCGCCCACUUGCAUCUUGGCUCCAGCUCUGAUGCCAGCUCCAGCCGUGGCACCAGCUCCUGCCCUAGCUCCUGCCCCAGCAUCCUCUCAAAGCCCCAGCUUGCUUACCUUCAUCUGCCCCUGGGAGAAUGCAGAAUUACCAGUCAGAAAAGAAAAUGCAGCCCAAGAAGGCCCCUCAGGGCCAGAGCGAGGCAACCACUCCCCGGCCCCUGCUCAAACCAGGAUCUGGAGGACCCUCUCGGUUGCAGUAGAAAAAAGGGGGACUGGGGAGAAUGAAAUGGACACAGAAGAUGGAGAUCUCCAAGGGGAAGCUGAAGGCAAGGACGAGGACAGGCCCAAGAUCUUCCCUAAAUCUCACAGCCUCAAGGCCCCCAGUCAGCAGGGUUCCAUGCGCAGUCUGGGACUGGCUAUCAAAGCUCUGACCCGUUCUCGGAGCACAUACCGAGAGAAGGAGAGUGGUGAAGAGAGUACUGAGAGAGGGGAGAAGAGCAGAGUUUCAGGAGAGAGUAAGGAGGCAGCCCCCAGAUCUCCCAGGGUGGGCCGCCCCAAGGCAGUGAGUAAACAGGCUGCCCUUGCCCCCUGUGAUGACGAGGAGUCCCUCCAGAACCAACAGAAUGCUCAUACCAGCAGAAUGCUCCAGGUGUGUCAUCAGGAGGGCAGCAGAGAACAAGACAGAGGGAGGAGGGCAUCCCAGGGCUUGGUGGAGGGCAAAGCUGAGAAAGCAGGCAAAAUGGGGCCUGCCACACUGAGACAAGGCAGGCAGGGCACAGAUGGGGACAAAAAUGCUGAACGAGCAAAAGAGGUCGCUGGGGGGUGGCAGGAACGGCCUAAAGCUUGCCUCCAGCCCCUGGGCAGUGGUGCCCACAGGGUGGCAGAGGUAUGCCCCUGGGAAGUACCCAAGUCAGAAAUGUGGCCACUUGACAGUAGCAACAAAGCUGAAAUCUGCCCCUGGGAAGUAAGUGAAGGAACCCUUGAGAGGGGAGCACUGAGGCAGGAUCUAGAAGAUAGGCCCCAAGAAGAGAUGGGGAAGGCCCCAGAAAAACUAGCACCGAAAGAUGUGGUUGCCACUGCUCGGAAAAAGCCAGAGAAGCUGGUAAGGGGGCAGAAGGCAGUGUGUCCCUGGGAAGGCACCGAUCCUGGAGGACUGUCCCCUCCGUCAGCCCCUCAGAAUACUGAUAGAAGCAAGGGCAGGUCUGAGGCAGUGGGCAGUGGGGAGGCGAGGGAGGUGGCCAUGUGCCGGUGGGAAGCCACUGGCCCAGAAGCUUGUAAAGCUGACAUGGCCAAGGCAGAGGUCUGUCCCUGGGAGGCAAGUGGAGGAGGAGAGAAUGGGAAACCAAGCCAGAAGGUAGCGAAGGAGCUUCCCCAGGAAAAGUUGAAAACUCCCAAGAAAGGAAACUUUUGGAAAGAACAGAAACUGGGUGGAGACUGGGAGUCUCUCUGUCCAUGGGAGAGUACAGAUUUUCGGGGUCCCUCAGCGGUCUCAACCCAGGCCUCAGGUAUCCCGGAGUGCUCAGGGAGUUUGGGCAGUGGCAUCACUGAGGUGUGUCCAUGGGAGGCAGGAGAUGUUCCUGCUCCCAAAAAAGCAGAGAUCUGCUCCUGGGAGCUGGGCGCUGAGAGAGUGGGGAAAGAAACAGCGAGUCAGGGGACAGGUGGAGAAUCUCUCCAGGAAAAGGAAAAAGCUUCCAGCAAAGGAAGUUCCGGAGAGAUGGAGGAACAAGCUGUGAAGACAGUGCAGAAAGUCAGUCAGCUGCGGGAGGCGGUCUGUCCCUGGGAAAGCACAGCCUCUGAGCACUCCAGCCCGUAUGUAGACAAUGCCUUGUCCAAGUCUGGAGGCCAGCCCCCAAACAAGGACGGAAGCAGAGUGACACAGGUAUGUCCACGAGAAGACAGCAAGCCACAGGUAAGGGAAGCAACACCUGCCGAAGCAGAAACCUAUCCCUGGGAGGUAAACGAAAGAACAAAAGGGGACUGGACAUCGGGACAGGCUCCAAAAGGAAGUGAAUCUCAAAAGGACCAGGAGAAAAUGUCUGGACAACCAGGAAUCACAGAAGCAGAUGCCACAGCUUGGGAGGAGCCUGAGGGGCAGAUCCCAAAGCAGGAAGCAGUGUGUCCCUGGGAGAAGGUGGACCCUAGCAGUCUCCCCCGACAGCCGGGCUCUCAAGACACAGAUAAACCCAAAACCAGUUUCCAGAUGUCAGGCAGCGUGGGAAGCAAAACUGCAGAGAUCUGCCCGUGGGACGCAGAGGAAACCCUGAUUACAGAGAAGGCACGUAUCUGUCCCUGGGAGGUAAGUGCUGGAGCAGUACAGGAAAGGCCUUUGGGAGUUGAGGCCAUUAGGAAAUUUCCAAAUGACAAAGGAAAGGCUUCAGGAGAGUGUGGCCUUGAGGCAGCCGUUGCUGCUCCACAGAAGCCAGAGAGGCCAGCUCAAGAGCGGGAGGCGCCCUGUCCUUGGGAAGGUUUGGAUCCAGGGGGCUCCUCUCAGCAUGCACGUGUUCUCAACACGGAUGCAGUGAAGGCUGGACCCCAGGACCUGGACAGCGUGGGCUGCAGGCCAGCUGAAGUAUGUCCUUGGGAAGUAGAGGAAGUGCCUACCACUGAAAAGGCUGAGGUCUGUCCUUGGGAAGUGAAUGAAGGAGUGACUGAGAAGGGAUUGGAGCAGGAGAUGGGGAGUGAAUCAGCAGGGCAGAAGAAAGCUCUAGAAAAAGGGAGACUUAUCUCCCUGGGAGAAGACAUAUCAAAAUGGGAGGCAAAACUGAGUCAGGAGCAGGAAUCUGUUUGUCCUUGGGAGAACACGGACUUGACGGAACCCUCUGCCCAGGCCCCUGAAGUCUCAGGCUUAUCCAGCAGCUUGAGUAGCCAAGUGGCAGAGGGGCAUUCCUUGGGAGUCAGUGAUGAGGUAGCAGAGAAAGGGGCCCCGAGGCAAGAUGCAAAGAGGGGCUCCCACCCAGAACACAUGCUAAGCCAAGAAAAAGCUGCAGGUUCAAAAGCAGAAUUUACUAUUGAAGAUGGGGAAAACACAAACAAGGAACAGCAAUCUGUCUGUCCAUGGGAGAGCUUGGCCCCAGGGGGCUUUUCCUCCCACCCAGACACUCAGCGCACAGAUCAACUGAAAACCAGCUCCCAGGGGCAGGUCAGUGUUGGGGGCAGGGUCGCUGAGGUGUGCCCAUGGGAUGUUCCCCACUCAGAUGCUUAUACACCUGAUGGUCCCACCCAGGACGAGAUCUGUCCCUGGGAGAGGAGUGAACAAAUUCCUCAGAAAAGGGUGUUGAGACAGGAUGGAAAAGGGGAAUCUCAAGAGCAGAAGGUGAAAGCCCCAGGAAAAUCAGAGCCCAAAGAUGUGGCGAUUCAGAAGCUGGAGAAGGCAGACAGGAAGCAGGAGGCUGUGUGUCCCUGGGAGAGUCAGGACUGUGGAAGUCCCUCUCCACAACCGGCCCCAAAAGCUUCUAACAGAAGCAAAGGCAGCUCUGAGGCAGCAGGUGGUGUGGGGGCCAGGGUAGCAGAUGUGUGUCCGUGGGAAGUGGAAGAGUCUCCGUCUGUCAAGAAAGCCGAGAUCUGCCCCUGGGAGAUGAGUACAGGAGCAGCAGAGAAAGAGGGGCUGGAACAGAAGGUGGACAGAGACUCACAAGGGCAAGGAGAGAUGUUCCCUCCAAAGGCAGGCUCUGGAGGGACUGAAGAACACUUUUCAAAAGCAGCAGCAAAACUCAGCAGAGAGCAGGAGACAGUCUGCCCAUGGGAAGGCUCACCUUCGGGGCUGCUCUUCCUCCAGCCAGAUGCUCUGGACACCGACCAAGCCAAAGUCAGUCCUCACAAAGCAAGCAGUCUGGGAACCAGGAUAGCAGAGCUAUGUCGAUGGGAAGUCACAGAUCCAGAAGGAAACAAAAUAAAGGGCACUAUGGCAGAUAUAUGUCCCUGGGAGGGAAUUGGAGCUCCAUCUGAGGAAUCUGGCCUCCUGGCUGUAACUGCAACUCAGACAGAAAUGUUCAUCCCCACAGCCUAUGAGAAACCUCCAUGCCUUUCAGUCCAGAGACCUCUGGAAAGCCUCCUUCCGGAAAGCAAAAGUCCUCGCCCUGAAGUGAGCAAGCCAGACAGUACUCUUUCUCUGGAAGGUGCCAGGGAACUCCAAAGAGCUUCAGCACUUGGACUAGGAAGCAGCUUAGCCCCAGAGCCAAGUCUCCAAGAAGCCAAGGCUCCGAAGUUUUCCUCUUCAACUGAAGACAAAGAAGCAGUGAUUUCUGAAAUGCAAAAUAAAGAAUUUGCUCUUCCGAAUGUCUAUCCUUGGGACUGGGAGUAA